AUGAACGAUGGUGCGUGUGCACAUUUCAAAAACAAUGCCAGCAUUUUCAACUUAAUUCACCACAAGAUCGAUUUUGAUUUGGAUGCUUGUUGGGCAUUUACAGCAACAGAACAUGGUAAAGGUGCUGGCGGUGAAAUCGGUGCGGUACUCAAGUCCACGGCUAGAUGUGCUACGCUGUCGAAUAAUAUUCUCUUGUCAAAUGCAAAAGACUUCUUCGAAUUCACACAAAAAAUAACAACUGGAAACGUCAAGAAGGUCUGA